AUUCAAUAACCCCACUCUCCAUUCUAGCUUUUUUAUAUAUGACCUCUCCUAUUUUUAGCUCCCUCGCUCUCUAACCUUUCUCUCCUGCACAACCUAAAUACUUCUCUUCUUUCUUCCUCUAAUUCUUUCAAUUCUUCUACAGCAAAACCAAGAUGAGUUCUGCAAUGCUUAAAGCUCUCUUCUUUUUAAGCCUGUUGGCCACCUCAUGCAUGGCUCAAGCACCUGCACCCACACCAACACCAGUAAAACCUACACCAACACCAGCACCAGUGAGUCCACCGGCACCAACACCGGCUCCAGUGAGUCCACCGGCACCAACACCAUCACCAACUCCAGCACCUGCACCUGCACCGGCAACUCCUUCACCCAGCCCAGCUCCAGUCCACGCUCCAACUCCAUCACCAACCACCUCACCUGCCCCUACACCGAACGCCGUCUCUUUUCCUCCUGCUCCAACUCCCUCAGGCACUACUUCACCAGCCGCUGAGCCAAACCCGGCUGACAUACCCAGCGGUAGCUUCGUCGACGGAUGGGUCAACAGAGCCGCCAUCUUCGGAACUGCUCUAGCUGGAACGUUCCUCGCCGCUGUUAUUGCUUAGAAGAUUUAAUGGGAUUUCUCUCACUGGGAUCUCGGCUUUCAGAUCGUGAGAUCUGUUAUUCUUCUUCGUUUGUUGAGUAGUGUUGUAUUAUUAUUUUUUUAAAUUUUUCUUUGAUUCAUUUUGCUGUGAUUGUUGUCGAUGAUCAUGAUUAAUUUUAUAUUAUUAUUACUGGGUUUGACUGGAUUAUUAAUUUUAAUGGGUCGGGCUAUUCCUGUAAAACAUCUGAUGGGGAAAGAACAUUUCUAGAGGCGGGGCUGGUGUACAUGUAAUGAUAGUGGAAUAAAACAUUAUGUUAUUCUUUUAUUUGA